ACUCCAUGUUCCAGGUGGCAAUCAGAGUUCCGUAUAAAUUUAAUCGGAUGCCUCUGAAGAGACAGAGUUCCGUAUAAAAUUACUCUGGUCGAAAUCAUUGCUUGGAAAGAAAUUCUGGAUCCUGCAUUCCCAAAAAUGCUUUACCGUCGCCCUCCAUCCGAUGUGUCACUUAUCUAUUGGUAUUCAUGUGACACUAGGAAUUGCGUAUAAAAUUAGUCUGGGCAAGAACAUGAAUUUAGAAAGAAAAUCUGGAGUCUCUUGCAUACGUGUAAAGUAAGCAAAAUGCUUUGAAAUACUAAUAACAGAAAUGGGCACCAUGAGAGAGGGGUGGUUCUGUGAAAUAAUUUGAUGGAAUCCAGGCCCACACGUGAUUCCACGAAUCAAAUUUAGAUCGCUAAAGUUCUUUUGUCAUUUCCUCGGAUUCUGAUGAACAUUAUGAGAUUAGUUCUUGUUCACCAUUGUAAUGCAUGCCGAGAAUUUGGAAGCUUGUUCAUGCAAAAUCUUGAGGCUGUGCAUGCAUCAUCGACUAAAUAACAAUAAGAGCUUUGCUGCAAUGGGGCGUUCGUUGCCUGUUGUCCUAUAUCUUCUGUCGUUUGCAGUCAUCAUAGCUGCAAUUUCUCUCCCUGAAUGGAACAAUCAAGAAACAGGGCUCAAAAUAGAUUUAUUUUCACCCAUUCUAAGGGAUGAAGCAGUGUUAAGAAUAAAUCAAUUGGGGAAGAUUAGUGAUGCUGAGAAGCACCUCCAACGCACUUUCUUGAGCGCUGCAGCUAUAAAGGCUGGGAAUCUGAUUGAAGAAUGGAUGCAGGAUGCUGGACUGAGAACAUGGACUGAUAAUAUGGGGAAUGUACAUGGUCUGACUGAUGGAGCAAAUGCCAGUGCCCCAAAACUUCUGAUUGGCUCUCACUUGGAUACAGUUGUUGAUGCUGGAAUGUAUGAUGGAUCAUUGGGCAUCAUAUGUGCUCUAGCUGCACUCAAAGCUCUCAGAAUUAGUGGAAAAUUGGAAGAACUUCCACGACCAGUUGAGGUGAUUGCAUUUAGUGACGAAGAGGGUGUUAGGUUUCAUUCUACCUUCUUGGGGAGUUCAGCUAUUGCUGGAAUACUUCCAGCAGACAUUCUACAUAUAUCUGAUAAAAGUGGAUUUACUGUUCAGGAUGCACUUAAAGCUAAUGAUUUUGAUGGAACAGAGGAAAGCCUGCUUCAACUCAAGUAUGAUCCUCUCUCAGUGUGGGGUUAUAUCGAGGUUCACAUUGAACAAGGCCCAGUGCUGGAGGCACAUGGAGUUCCUCUGGGAGUUGUAGUGGGAAUAGCAGGACAGACACGAUUAAAAGUUACAUUGAAGGGUUCACAAGGGCAUGCAGGUACUGUACCAAUGUCAAUGCGUCGUGAUCCGAUGCCAGCUGCUGCAGAAGGUAUUGUGUUCUUGGAGAAAUUAUGUAAAUAUCCAGAAGAACACUUAACUGAAGAUGGCAAAGACAAUUUAUUCGGGAUGGGAGAUUCAGAUGGAUCAACAGUAUGUACUGUUGGAGAAAUAGCAACCUGGCCAAGUGCAAGCAAUGUUAUUCCUGGGCAGGUGACAUUUACAGUUGAUAUUCGUGCAAGAGUGGAUGCUCUACGGGAAUUUAUCAUUUCUGAGUUUAAAGACAAAUUAUAUGAAAUAUGUGAUAAGCGAUCUCUUUCAUGCUCUAUUGAAAGGAAGAAUGAUGCAAGUGUAGUGGACUGCCACAGUGACAUGAAUUUUCGAUUGCACAAUGCCGCAAGGAUAGCUAUGCAAAACUUACCUCUUCUACAGACAUGCAAGGCAUCAGAUGAUGUUCCUAUGUUGAUGAGUGGAGCAGGACAUGAUGCAAUGGCACUUUCACAUCUAACCAAGGUUGGGAUGUUAUUUGUUCGUUGCACUGGAGGAAUAAGCCAUUCUCCUGCAGAGCAUGUUCUCGAAGACGAUAUUUGGGCAGCAAGUCUCUCGCUUUUGGCUUUUGUACAAGAAAUGUAAAUAUGUUUCAUGGAUAUAAUUUUAUUGCACCAUGUAACAGUGUCCAGCAGAGUAUGUUCUAGAAGAUGUUUUGAGCAGCAAGUCUCUUUUUCUGGCCUUUCUGCAAGAAAAUAGAUCUGUAUCAUGGUUAUGACAAUUACAUUAUAUUACAGUUCUUGCAACUACGGAGACAUUUUAUGUACAGUGUUAGGCAGGUAAAGGAACAAUUAUGUAUGAGUUAAAAUCAAACUUGAUCUCCACUGCUACAUAAUAACUUAAAAGCAGGCUCUAAUUGUGUAUCUAUUGAUAUAUGAAGCAGAGCAAUUGGUUAAUAAGAUCUGACCUAGUCUCUCACUAGGUGGGAUUGCAAUUCUGAAAAUUCUCCAAUGAUAGAGAAAUUUAACUCACUGAACUAAGGUUCAAGAGCUCUCUUUUGCCAAAGUGGUAGAUUUCUUAACAAAAUCUUAUCAACAUUUCCUCAUCUACGAUUCAAUUUCACAUGCUAAUAAAUUGUUAUAUAUACUCAAUGAUUGUGUCAUGCCGACACAGAUCUAGUAGUGGUCAGUGAUACUGAAAGUUUAUGUUACUUCAAAGAACAUGUAGAAUGUGCCGUGCUACUUCUGUGUAUUGGAAAUGACAUGAAUCAAUCAAAUCCAUCUUUCUCCA